CGCAUGUCUCUCCCGACAUCUCCCGACAGACAAGGACAUAUAUACUUUUAAGAGCAAAUGUCCAUCCGCCCAGCACUUCGUCACGCACAUGUUGCCGGUUGGCCAUCAUAAAACGGACGGCGCUUUCUCAGCCACAGACAGACCCACAAGCAUUCGAUCGCGCCUGGCACACCGAUGGGCACACACACACAGACCGACCGACCGACCGACCGACCGACAGACAGACAGACAAUGCACACACUAUGCGCGGAUGCAUACGCCCCCCCUACACACAUAAAAGACCGACACACUUGGAUUCACACGCACUUGUGCGUCAGUCACGUCACGCACUCACAACUUUCACACGACAGACAGACAGGCGGAUGUUUGUCGACACAAAGAGCCUUCUCCCCUGCCCCUACUGCUCCCCCCCCACACAUACACUCACAUACAGACACAUACACACCAGCAUACAGCACCUCCUGUCUCAGGAUUUGUUGGGCGAGGCGAAAUUGGCCUCGGAAAAAUCACCACACCGGCGACAGCAAUCAAACAGGCAGACCCCUACACGCACGUAACCACCACUGCCUCAAUAAAGACCAUGCCACAUCAUCGCACCCAUAAGCAAAUGGACAGACAGACAGACAGACAGAGCGAGAGGGAAGAGCGAGAGGGCAGGAGCCAAGUCAGUCUGUCAAUGGGCUAUCAGUUCGCUGUCAGCGUCAUGCCGAAAGCGGGCUCAUAGUGGGUGGGCAGGGGGACCUCUUGGAUGAAGCGUCCAUCGGCGGGCGAGUAGAGGCAUUUGGCGCGGCUGUAGCUGAUGAUGGCGAAGCUCAGCUGGAACUUGGUCUUCCCCAGGCUGUCAAAUAGCGUGUGCCAUUCCCCCUGAAAAGCCCAUCACACACAGAGGCAGUGUAUCCAGCAUGAAAUGCAUAUGCAUAUGCGCAGACGCACCGGAUUGUUGACGAGCCAUUCCAGGAGGCGGUCUGUGAUCUGUUUGAGGAUCUCGUUACCGUACUUCAUCAUGCCUUUGUAGAUGGUCAUGACUUGGUUGUAGAGCUCGUUCUUCACAUACGCCAAGGUGAAAGUGCUACCGCCUCCCAUGAAGUCCGCCGCAACCACAGUGGCCACCAUAUUGUAGUCACCAUCAUGUAUCAUGUUGCCUACACACACACACAGCGAACACAUGCACAGACGCACACACGCACUCACAUACACACACACACGGAGCGAUGGCCUAUAUCUGUGCAAUGCGUCCAUCGUUUUUUCGCUCACUCACCCCAGAAGACUGCGCCACACGGGAGUUCGAAAGGGUUGUCUGCCGCCCCCGUAACGCACUUCGUCCCCUUUGUGACCUGGUACUCCACGUCUGCCCGUUUCGCCCCCACGUCGACGCCGCAGUGCUCACAGUAGUCGCCCGCCGCGCGGCAGGCCGCCUCGAACUGAGCAAUGCCUGUGACGCCAUUCGUCGAGAGCUCCACGGCGGCGUCCAGGGCCUCCCGAGGGUUCGAGGGAAUGCUUGACGUUGCGUCCUCCACUUGUUCCCUUGCAUUCCCCACUUGUCGCCCCGCAUUCUCCACUUGUCGCCCCACAUUCCCCGUUUCUCGCUCCACAUCGUCCAACGUGGGGAGUCCGAGGUCAAACCGCAGUUGGCGGCGGUCCUCGCCCUCUGACGAAACCUGAUGGAUGAACACGCAGCAAAGGCAUGCAUAGAGAUGGAUGCCCAUGCAGGCACGGCACAAUCAAUUGCUUACCGACGGCACAGCGCAGGCCACGAGACCAAGGGUCAACAUGAUCAGCUUAGACAUGAUCAUGAUGGAUGGCCGGUGUGUGUACUACCGAUAGUACCGAAACCGGGUGUACACACAAAGAUGCAAAAGAUGGAUGCAGGGCGGGAGGAGGAACUUCAAGGCCUUGAUGGAGACGGGGAAGGCGAAAGUAGGCGGUGUCAUGACGGCUGCCUCUCUCUCUCGAGGAUCAUUUUGCAGCUCGCAAAGGAGGUGCGGGGAAGACACACGUGUGGAC